AUGGUCAAGAAGGAUUUCGUAGGUCAAGGACCUUACCCGGCAAAGACAACCCCUCCUCCUACCACGAAUCCCUUCCUCCCUCCUCCAGCUGCUUUGGCACCUAUGCCUUCAUAUGGCCAUCAUUAUCUUUCAGUCACUUUCACAGUGUUGCGCGGUGUAAACGGGCCAGGGAGACUCGAAACAUCGGCCGCUUUGCUUUCGGUCAUCGGUAGUGCUCAAUUUUCUUCAUUACAAGUGAGAUAUUUGCCAGGGCUGCAGCGGCCUAAUGAUUCAAGACCGGCUGCAGGGGCUGGUAUUGCCAGCCGAGUCAGUGCGGAGCCCCUCCGUCUCUUAGUAGAGAGCUCCUCAAAUGCCAAUGCAAACAUUCGCUUCGGCCAUGCCCUUGCCAAUGCCAACGUGAAUGGCAAUGAUGACUCUGACAACGUCGCCCGCUUGGUGCGCCCGAGCCUCGUGAUGAUCACCUCCACCGAAGUCAAGGGCAAGCAUCACUUCUGUGGCGCAUCCCUGAAAGCGAAGGCGCUUCGCAUGUCAAACGCAUUCCGUCAUGCUCUUGGCUUUCCUCUCAUCGAGAUGGGUGAUCAUGACACCUUCAAGGGCGAAAUCGCCAGCAACCCCGGUCCUGUUUCUGGAGAACUUCAUAUCCUUCCCAUUCCCUUGUUUUUGACAUAG